UUCGCGUCUAACAGCUCAAAUUCUUAUGUUUUGUGGUCAACACAAAAUUCGUGCAAUUUUUACAAUUUUGCAAAUUGGUUCGUCGGUUGUUUAUUUAUUGCACCACCACAUAAAAAUGGCGGAAGUAUGCAGAGUCUGCAUGGCACCGCCAGUCUCCGGACCAUUCAAAAACAUUUUUGAUGAGGCACAGAAUUGGGACACUUGCAUUGCUGACAUGAUAGCGGAGUGCACCGGGUACGUGGUUUGGCGAGGGGACUUACUACCUGAAAACAUAUGUCCACCCUGCCUUGAGGAUGCAGUGGGUGCAUUCAGCCUUAAGAAGACCUGCGAGCAGAGCCAUAAGCUCUAUUUUCCAGUGUUGGAGGAGGCUGGAGGAGAAGCCAUCUGUGAUAAUCUGGAAGACGAUGCGGCUUGGGAGCCGUCAGAUAGUGGAAAUGAGCAAUCCAACCAAUUUGAAAAUGCAAAGGAUGUCGAUCAUCAGUUCAAAUGUAGUCUUUGCCCAAAGAGCUAUACGCACAAAUCGAAUCUAAAUAGACACAAACAAUUACACACUGAAGAACGAACCUACAAAUGCUCCGACUGCUCAAAACCCUUUCGACUAAAAUGCUAUCUUCGAACACACAAGAAGUCACACUGCUCGAAGUCAUUUAAGCUACAAUCCGAUCUCAAAGCACACACCCAUACGCAUACAGUUGAUCGCCGUUACCACUGUUCAUACUGCCCAAUGUCUUUUACACAAAAAUGCAAUCUUCAAGCACACACCCGUACGCACACAGGUGAUCGCCCAUUCCAAUGUGAUCACUGCUCGAAGUCAUUUAAACAGAAAGGCCAUCUUCAAGAACAUGUUCGUACGCACACUGGUGAACGACGCUUUAAAUGUUCCCACUGCUCGAUGUCAUUUAAAUACCAAUACGAACUUAAACAACACAUCCAAUGUCACACAGAGGAGCGACCAUAUAAGUGUACCUACUGCAGGCAGUCAUAUCAGGAAUUACCUCAUCUCCAGGAACACAUCUGUACUCCGGAGGAAAGACCGCAUAAGUGUUCUUACUGCAUACAAUCUUUCAGCGAUAAAUCUAAAUAUCUUAUACACACCCGUAGUCACACAGGUGAACGACCCUACCCCUGCGCUCAUUGCUCGAAGUCAUUCAAAGGAAAGUCGAAUCUCCAGGUACACAUGCGAUCUCACACAGGGGAGCAUCCUUACAAGUGUACCCAUUGCUCAAAGACAUUUAGAUAUAGAAACAAUAGCUACCACAAACACAUACUUGCUCACACAAGCGAAGACAAAUUGGGACAGGAAGAUACGAUUGUACCUAGUGCAGAACGAGGUCUUUAAACUUGUUAACCAUAGAUGGUCGCCGAUACAUACUUAUGUAUGUAACAAUACAUCCAACCAACAAAUUUA